ACACGCGUGAGAGCGAGAGAGAGAGAUAGAGAGAGCAGCCACGGCGCUUUGCACAGAGCCAGAAGAAAAACAAAGAGAUAUUUCUAUAUCAACAAUCCAAUAAAUCAUAUAGAGAUAUAAACAAACAAGAAAGCUCGAGGAAACCUAGAAUAAAUAAUAAUCAUCAUUUAAUAAAAAAAAAAAGAUUACAUUAUUAAAGACUCAGCGAUGACGUGGUCUUGUUACCACAGCUGCGCAGUCUCCCUGCUCCUCUCUGUCACCCUCGCCCUCCUCGCCCACGGCGCACCUGUCACAGAAAACAAAGCCCCGCGGGAGGAUGACGUGGGCAUGGAGCACGACGGCAUGACGCGGCUCCACGAGCUCAACCAGGAGACCCCCCAGCUGCCCAGGGGAGGGGACAAGCAGGUGCAAACCCGGUCCCUCUCCCGUCCCUCUCCCGCCCGCCUCGGCCCCAAGGAGCAGGGAGGAGAGGAGGGAGAGCAGGAGGAGGAGCUGUUCAAAGACAUCGACCCGAAAACGCUCGCCGCUGUGCUGAUUGAAGCGCUGAAUCAGGGCGGGGAGCGGGAGGAGGGGGAGGGAGGGAAGCAGAGAAAGGAGGGAGGAGGGGGGAAGGGAGGGGAGGAAGUCCUCGCCUUGCUGGGGCGGCAGCAACAGGAAGAGGCUGCGGAGAGGAGGGAGGAGGAAGAGAGGCUGACUGAGAGGGUGAAAAGCCGGACCAGGAGCGGCCCGGGGGGGCAGGAGAAGGAGAAGCCCAGGGGGGAGAGCAGUUCCUGGGGGAAGCCAGCGGCCGACCCCCCCUCAGAGGAGAAGGAGGAGGAGGAGGAGCAGGAGGAGGGAGAGGAGGAGGAGGAGGGAGAGGAGAAGCAGGGAGUCCUGACCGAGCAAGAGCUGGAGAACCUGGAGGCCACGCUGAGGGAGAUGCAGAGGCAUAGCGUGGCCGGGGAGAGAGAGAGGGAGAGGGAGAGGGAGAAGGAGAGGGAGGAGGAGAAGGAGAGGGAGAAGGAGAGGGAGAGAGCUGCCGUUGCCAGCCUGGGGAAGGGCAGAGGGAGCUGGGCAGACUCGGGAGAGGACGUGAGGGAGCUCGCUGCUUUCAGGGGGCUGGUGCAGAGAGGAGGGGAGAGCCAGGAAGAGGAAGAGGAGGAGAGAGAGAGGAAGGCACCACAGCCCAGGCUGUACCACCCCCGGUUCAGGAGCGAGGAAGACGAGGAGGAGGCUGCGUUAGAUGCCGAGGAAGAGGCAGAGCAGGAGGAGGUGAGGAGGCAGGCAGCCGAGGCACAGAGAGCCAGGGAGGAGGAAGAGAAGCUGGCUGACGUGGCAUCCGAUCUGCUGCUGCAGUACCUCACGAAGCAGGGAGGGGGCGCCAGAGAGCAGGAGAGGGAGGAGGUGGGGGAGGAGCUAGAGGAAAGGCACAGCCACAGUAAUAACCCCCACCACAGGCAAGACCAACGCAAAAAGAACUACCUUCUGGAAGACAAUGCAGCUGAGGACAAGCGAUCCAACGAGGUCGAGGUCAGGGAUGAGCAGGACGACGAUGACCUCGACCCCCAGACCAUCGACAGGCUGAUCGAGAUCUCCAGCAAGCUCCACCUCCCCGCCGAUGACGUCGUCGACAUCAUCACCGACGUGGAGGAGAAGAAGAAGAAGAAAGACUCCGCCCCCGAGCCCCGGCGACGGCCCGCCCCUAACCCCGCCCCCAAACCGGCCUUCCACCACGCCCUCAACCCAAACACCGCCGGCAGACUCAGCAGCGCACGGGCGCCCCCUGGCAGGCUGCAAGUGGAACUGCAACGCAACUUCAAGCAGAAAACAGCGCCUGAAAAACAGCAGCAGUAUCCCAAACAGAAGGCUUUCAUGCACAAGGCGAGCAGCAUGUACUACCCUCGCUACCAGCCUCCCAGCUACAACCAGGAGCUCUCUGUGAAUGACAUCCUGGGAAACUCUCUGGACUACGAGGAGUCGUGGCCAGCGCCCUGGAGAUACCGACCCCAGCAACAGCAGCAGCAGCUGGAGCGAGAGAGCUACCCCAUCCCGAACUACAUCCAGGCCUUGCGCCCCCCUCCCCAGCCCCGCAGGCACUUCUAUUACCCCAUGGCCACCCCCCGAGAGCAGCAGGGAGGAAAUUACUACCAAGAUACUCGAGACAAAGAGGAGGAGCUGGAGAACUUCAUCGAGAAGAUCCUGCUGGAACACCCGGAGGUGUUCCAGUGAGGCUCCGCCCCCCCACCCAGAGCCGCGAAACCCCGCCCCCCCCGCAGUGACCCCGCCCCCGCCGUGCGAGGAGAGAGAGAAGAAAAAAGAGAGAGAGAAAGGUGAAAGGCUGCACGUGUGUUUAGUCUCUGCGUCGUUCAACUGCUGUGGAAAAUGUGUUGCUUCAUUGAAAAAAGAAAAAAAGAAAAAAACAAACCCACCCUGUGCCGUGUGACUGUGCUGCAGUCAGUCAGUCAGUCAGUCAGUCAGCUGUUUGCCCUGUGCUGAUGACGUGUACAACCUGCCUUGUAUUAAUAAAGUUCAGUGCUUCAUGUAAAUAGCAUGUGGAUUACUAGUUUUGCUAAACAAAAAGACACAAAUAAAAGUAACUAUUUUAUUAA